AUAAACUGAAACUUACGCUUUGAGUCUUUAAUAAUACUAUCAAGAUGCUGGAAGAGCAUUGGUCAAUAAAAGUUAUAGAGCCUCCUUCAAAGAGGAAUAAAGUUGUUUAUACCCUCUACUGCAAAACACCAACGCAGUCUCUGACGCUGAUCAGAUCGGCAUCCACGAUCCGCAAUUUAGAUGAAGCUCUACAUGACAAGUUACCUGAUGCUCAGAUACCCGUUUUACCAGUCUCACUUCAUUCAAAUAGUAGACGCAGGUCAUUCCUUACAACUAUCACCAAAUUCGCAUCCAACCCGUCAACUCCUUCAAAACCCAAGCAUUCGAUUCAGCCACCAAUGAGUCCACCUCCAAACGUUUCAUCCGCACCGGCUAAUGAACUCUUGUCAAAUUAUUUGACAGAAUUAGCCAAUGACGAAAGAGUACGCGCACAAGUAGCGUGGAAACGCUUCACGAGAGUUAGGCCAGAUGAUUUACAAUCUAACCGUAUAGAUAGAAGAAGAAGUCAGCGUUUAAAUUCCACUUCGGCACUUUCCAACAACAUUAUACCAUCAAUUAAAGAGGAACAAAGUGAGACAGCUUUACCAGGUAUUAAUAAAAAUGCAGACUCUAAAGAUUUUGCUUCAAUCCUUAGCCAACUUGACAAAGCACUAGAUAAUUCAACCUUCGAUAAAAAUUUAGACACCACACAAAAAGAAGAAUUUAUUAAUGAAACCGACAAACCAGUAACCUCAGAUGAGAUUGUUAAAUCGGCGUCAUUUAAUGACAGUCUUGUUAAAUCACACGAGCUGUUCCAAUCCGAACCAAAUCUUCAGUCAAUAAGGAGUGAAAACAAAGAAAAGACAACUCGUAAAGUUAUACGUAAAAAGCAAGCAAAGGUCAAAAUUCAAGAUUUUGAGAUGAUGAGAGUACUCGGUAAAGGAUGUGCAGGUAAAGUUUUAUUAGUUAAGCACAAAUCAAAUGGCGGAUACUUUGCUAUGAAAGCUAUUCAUAAAAGACACGUUUUAGCACAUCAAGAGUUAUUACACACUCUCACAGAGCAAACAGUUCUUAAACGUAUGACUAGAGAUGUCUUAAAUCCAUUCAUAGUACAACUACACUAUUCAUUCCAUGAUGAGAGUGAUUUAUUCCUUGCAAUGGAUUUCCAUCCCGGUGGAGAUUUAGCAACUCAACUUUCUAGAUGGGGCCGCUUAGGACGUGACAGAGCUAGAUUCUAUGCGGCUGAAAUUGUCGAAGGUGUUGAAGGUCUUCACGCCGCUGGUGUAAUUUAUCGUGAUCUCAAGCCUGAAAACAUCUUAAUUGCAUCAGAUGGUCACAUUGUGUUAACAGACUUCGGUUUAUCAAAACAAUUCCCUAGACCAGAAGGACCAAUAAAGGUAUUGCCGGAAUGGAUGACCACUACAGCAUCAUCAACACCAAAUAUAGAUCCGAAAGAUGCGACUAGCAGCUUUUGUGGUACGGCAGAAUACCUUGCACCUGAAGUAAUUCAAGGAUUACCAUAUUCCUAUGAAGUUGAUUGGUGGUCACUUGGUACAAUGUUAUAUGAAAUGCUUGCAGGCAUUACGCCAUUUUGGGCAUCAAAUCACUCGGAUAUGUAUGUGCGCGUACUUCAUGAUGACUUAGAUUUUGGCGAUGAAAGAUAUAUGGACCAAGAUACCAAAUCUUUAUUAAGAGGACUUCUUCAAAAGAACCCAGCAUUACGUUUAUGCGAACCACGUAUCAAGCGCCAUCCAUACUUUGGUAUGCUUGAUUGGGGCCAUAUAGCAGCAAAACGUUAUAUACCACCAUAUAUACCACCUACGAAUCCGAAUGAUGAUUUAGACACGCAAAACUUUGACGAAACUUUUCUUGAUAUGGAGCCAGUCAUCGAUGAUGACGAUCUAAAUGCCAGUAAUAUCGAUCCUGAAAGGGCUGCUGUUGCAGAUCAAGCAAUUAGAGAUGCAGAUGCUAAUAAUCAAGAUUUGUUUGAUAAAUACAGUUAUAGAAGAUUGAAUGAGGAUGGUAACUCCAUUAUGUAUGAAGAACAUGAGGAAGUUGAUAACGAGGAAACAAAUGAUGACAUGAUUGAGAAGCUAGAUGGUGUUGUUGAAGAGAACCUCACAGAGCAAUUACAAACAGAACCAGAGCAGCAAACAGAACCAAAACGAGAGUCUGAACCAAAACCAGAAUCACAACCUCCAUUAACAGAGAAACCAACUGAAACAGCUAGACCUACGUCACCCCCACUCUCGCUCCCUGAAAAGAGUGACAUUCGACAAGAAACUAAUGGAAUCAAGAAGCGUAGACGUGAAAAGUCGGGUGUAAUGGCAUUUGAUAAGCCCUUUAUGUCAUCAGCUUCAUCGAUCGCAGAUGAGGAAGACGUCACCGAUGAUAAUGAUAAUGAUGAAGAGGACGAGUGGGAUAUGGUCGAUUUAGACACGCCAAUGGCGCCUAAUGGGCAUAGAAUUAAUCCAUCAACCUUGUUUGCGAAGGGUGUUACUGAUAAAUACAAACUGAUAUUACGUAGACAGAAUUCAACAAUCAACAAUACAGUAGAGCAUCAAGCUGAUAAUUCAGAGAGCAAGAAGUCUGUUGGAUUAUCGCUAUCUAACACGCUCAAUUUAAAAAAGAAAAGAGGAUUUCUUUCGAAAUCCCGUCCAAACUCGCCAAAUAAAGGAAGUUCCUCUGAUGGAGAGUACCAAAAUGAUGAGAACAAAAGAGAUUUGAAGGAUUUAUUCAAUUUAUUUAAGAUGUAAUAUACCC